CUUUCAAUGCCUAAAAGUUGGCAAUGAACUCGUGAACAAGAGUGAACACGACUUAAAUAUUUCUUCCAGGGCGUCCAUUGUGUUGAUUGGUGGGUGUAUCUGCGGAAGGCCCGCGGCCUUUCUUCACUUUCGUUCACAAAGGGCACGCCAGAGAUUGCUAGUUACAUCGUCGGUGUGCAAAAGCACAAAGAGCACUAGCAUUCCAAACCCAACUCCGCGACAAAGAACCUCGAAGAAAGGAUUCAUGUCAUCAAACGUCAAAUAUGGAGGAACUCGUCGACAAAAGAGGCUCGCUGAGCCCGCCAUCCAGCCAGGCGACUCCCCGGGCAAAGCAAGACACAAGUAUUAGUCGAAGAGCAGACACAACGUUCAAGACGCCUACGCUCGCUCGAGAUAAACAGCCAAGUGCCUCCCCUAAAGACCACGAUAACUCAUUCGAGAUACAUCUCAUGGAGGAGAUGGAGCUAAUGAAGAAGCGAUACCCCGGCGCCAGCAGCUGGGCUCCCGACGAAGACCGUCUCUUUGAGAUCCUCUACAUGCGCCAGGAUCUCCCGAUGCUGCCUCCUACUUGGGAUAUUGACUUGAGUGCUGUGCCGGUUUCGGAUAUCUUAUUCAAGACAUCUGAUGAAUAUCCUCCUAUUAUUUAUGCGCACGCCAAAGACUUCCGAGCAACCAUGGCGCUCAUGCGGUUAAUCGACCUCACCCGGGAGGUUAGGGCCAAAACACAAGUCGAAUUACGCAAAAAAGCCCCCAGAAUCAUCAAGCGCGAGUUGGACAAGUACCUGACCUGGGCCGCCCAGGACGGCGACUACGAGAAGCUGCGCAUUGUCCCUAAUAUCGUUACCGAGGUCAUUGACACCACCAUGCCGGAGAGCGACAUCACCCAGUACCUUCAGGAUCGAAUGCGAGCUCUGGCAAGGCUUCAGCGCGAGUUUCUCAGGGAGGAUAGGGACCCGGAGUUCUGGGACGUGUUGAAGCCGAGCAUCAUGGUAUCGCCUAUGGUGAAGUCGGAGUCCGACGAUGGAUCUCCAAUGGAGAUGCGAGCCAAGCCGAAAAGACUCAGUUCGCCUCUAGGACCUGACGAGCUCUCGGUGGAGACGCCAACUCGCGACAGGAGUGUACAGCAGGAGGUUGGGCGCAAGAGGAAACGACUGUUUCCGAGCCCUACUGCGACAGGAGUCGAUGAGUUGGCCGAAUGCCCACCUGGCGAGGAACACAGAGCGACCGCCGACGGUCCUCCCCCUAAGAGAAUCAAGCUUGAAGACGAAGAAAUCGAUGACGACGAAAUCGAGAGCGAAGAAAUCGAUAGCGAAGAAAUUGAUCACGAAGAAACUCAUCACGAAGAAAGCGAUAGUGAAGAAAUCGAGAGCGAAAAAAUCGAGAGCGAAGAAAGCGAGAGCGAAGAUAUCGAGAGCAAAGAAAUUGAUCACGAAGAAACAGAGAGCGAACCAACCUCCCCGUCCCCCGAGGACGAGGAGCCCGUCACACCGUCCCGGCCAAAAUACCGCUACAAUCCGCCAGUUGUUUACGGGCUCUUCAUUCUCAACACUACAGUCUUGUUGCUCACCAUAGACGCCGCGCAGGGAGACUCCGCCUACGUCAGCUUCCACGUCCGGGCCAACUUCCAGGAUAGACACCAGAGCGUCUGGAAUGCCCUGACAAUCGCUCUUGCUGUGUGCCUGGCUCGCGACGAGCUCAUGACUCGCGCAUCCGACUUCGAGGAGCUGCCCGUCAUCGAUGACAGUGACCCAGAUGCGUGAGGGUUGUGAGAGCGGGGCUCUAGUGGAAAUUGAAGAGAGUUGGAGGUGUAUAACCCUUAAAGAGAUGUUUUGUUGUUUGCUGCUGCUAUUUUGAGUAUACCCUUUUGAUGUUUGGACUCAUGCAUAUACGUCCCUUUUACGACUCUUAUACACAAGCAUCAUGUCAAUCCCUGUUUAGUUCUCAGAGAUGUACUUAGCCGACUGAAAUUACCUGAAAUUCGCAAACA